AUGAAGAGAGAGGGUAAGCAACAUGGCAUGGUGAGGACUUAUCCGAUCCUACCAAGCCCACUUAACCCGAGGCCCAAUACCCGAUUCAUCACGCGGUUUGAGUCACCUCCCACGGCUGGAUUAUUCGUGAAGGUGUCCUCUAAGCCCACCAAUCACUCCAAGUUCACGGGCAUGUGUGGCACGCCACGUUGCACCAAUUGCCACCUUCACCCAGCUUGCAAGUCCAAGGACAAGACCAAAGGAACCCAAAAGCACAAACAUUGGAGGGUCCUCGUAGAUCAACCCGAUUCAGAUUUUUUUGGGGUAUCCGCAACCGUGACACUUGACCACCUUUUUGAUGAUUACUCGGAUGAUGAAAGUUGGUGA